AUGAAGAAAAAAGUUAAUUUGGUUAUAACUUUAGUUUUAAAUUUUACCCUGUGUAAUGCUUUGUGGUCGAGUGUCGGAUCAGCGUAUUUUUCAGUGAGGCUGUGUAAGGAAUCAAGUGAAAUCUCAGCAUCAUAUGAGUCGGAUCAGCCUCCAGAACUUGAAAACGCCUAUGACGUUCAUAUUUCUAUAUUAUUUCCAAAAUAUACAACGGUGUACAUAAAGUUAGACUCCGAGGGCAGUAUUAAAUUGGCGGAAAAAACCUAUGCAAGAAUAUAUCCAUAUGACAAUAACGAAUUUUCAAUUCGCUUUUUUGCUGAACACGAUGGUUUGCGUUUCAAAGUGCAAGGGAAAAAAAUAGGAGUUGUUCCAUACAUUACUAGUUUGACAAUCAAUUCUCAAGAAUAUUGCUCACAACCAACCGUGGGAUUCCUCGAUGGAUAUCUGUCGGGAUAUAAAGACUAUGCAGAAAGUCAGAAUCGUAAGUUAGAAGGGAACUGUGGUAGACGUAAAGUAUCGCACACAGAAUUAAUAGUCAAUGGAUCUCCAACUAAACCCGGUGACUGGCCCUGGCAUACCGCAAUAUAUAGACUGGAUAGAUCACAAAUCAAAUAUAUUUGCGGAGGAACACUUAUAUCUAAAUAUUUUGUGUUAACAGCUGCACACUGUACAUCAAUAAGAGGAGUUGCCCUUUUACCUGAAGUGUUGAGUGUUGUCCUUGGUAAAUACAACUUAAUUGGUGGGGAUUUAGCUUCGGAAGAAAGAGAAAUUCAUCAGAUAAUUGUUCAUGAGCAAUACGAUAAAAGAGCGCUGGACAACGAUAUUGCAUUGCUGAAAUUAAAAACUGAAGCAGUAUUUACUGACUACAUUCAACCAGCUUGCUUGUGGUACAGCAAAGCUUCAGAAAAAUUGGCCGGUCGGGAGAUAAUUGGCAAAGUCGUUGGAUGGGGUUUUGAUAAUACCGACAACUUGGCGCUUAAACUCCGACAAGCUGAUGUACCGUUAGUUUCAGAUGUCGUUUGUAUCAAAAGUAAUGCUGUUUUUUAUUCAAGAGUGCUCAAUGGCAAUAAAUUUUGUGGUGGAUAUCACAAUGGUACUUCGGCAUGCAAUGGUGACAGUGGUGGGGCAUUCCAAGUGUUUAUUCCUGAUGAUGCACAGGAUCAAAGUGUGAACGCGUCAGGAGCUUGGCAUGUUCGUGGAAUCGUGUCACAGACUUUAUCAAGAUCUGACGUACCGAUAUGCGAUCCACACCAAUACGUUGUUUUCACUGAUGUAGAAAAGUAUAGAUCGUGGAUUGAUAAGUAUUUAGAUAUAAGUAAUGAAAUGUAA